AUGGCGAAGCCCUUCCCGAUGGCGGCCGUCGUGUUCCAGACUGACUCGGGCUUCUACGCCGCGCAAGAAGAUGACGAAGCAGCUGACGGGCACGCCCAGGAUGACGCCAACUGCUGCAACAGCCUGGGCGUGCUCAACCAGCUCGCCGCCACACGCGCCGACCGCGUCGCCGCCUGCGCCUGCGUCAAGGCCGCCGCCGCCGUGGGGUUCCCGGCCAUCAGCUUUGCGCUCGCCGCCGGGCUCCCAGCCGCCUGCGACCUCUCCAUCAGCUUCACGUCUUCACCAUCUCCCGAAUUGACGCUUGUUUUGUGCCACCAUCCAGGAGAUGAUCCUGCAGAAGAGAUCGAGGUCGAUGAACAGCGCCGGCGCGCAGAGGAGCGAGCUCGUCGACCGUUCCAUGCGACGGCGACAGUGGCGGGGACGGGGCCGUCGACGCCGGCAACAAGAAUGCGACUGUGCGUGUCCUUUUCGCCUCCCCGAGGCUGCUGCACUCUGCCUCCCUGCCCGCCAGCACACGUCGCCUUCGCCAAGAGCCCGGCGCCGGACGUCGAGUCCGAGAAAGCCUUCUCCAUGAGCCCGACCUCCGUGCUCGACGCGGCGGCGGCCUUCGUGCCAGGCACGGACGGCGCCGGAAAGCACCGCCUGCCGUGGCGGGCGCGGGACAACAACGGCCUUUUGGAUGCGCUGGACUGCAGCGACCAGCAGCAGCAGCAGGAGCGGAUCAUCCUCGCGGCGAGCCGGCGACGUCGUCGUCCUCGCUGGUCAGGUCGCGCUCCCUGGACCGCCGUGCCGAGUUUGGCUUCAAGAACAAGAGCUCGUGGCUGCCCCUCUGCGCCUGCGGCGGCCGCGAGGGCACGUUGCCGGUGCCGGACAACAAGGACAACACCGCGCUGCACAUCGCCGCGCGCAAGGCGCGCGCGCCACGAGAUCAAGCGGCUGGUCACGAUGCCGGGCACGGACCUCAGGGUGAUAACCGGUCCCGCGAGACCCGUUGGACACGGCGGAGAAGAUGGGCUGCACCGACGUGGCGGAGCUGCUGGCGUAGCACGGCGUGCAGUCGCUGCGCGCCAUCAGCACGUGCGGCGGCGGCAACAAGCAGGCACGCGAGCUGAAGCAGCAGGUGAGCGACAUCGAGCACAAGGUGCACUCGCAGCUGGAGCAGACGCCGCAGACGCGCGUGCGCAUGCAGGGCAUCUUGAAGCGAAUCAACAAGCUGCACGAGGAAGGGCUGAAUAA